UGGAUACGUGUGUUCGUCGGCGGGUGGACUGGCGGCGCUGCGUUGCUUCUCCCCCACCGCGGCGCCAGGUCUCGGCUGAGCGAGCGAGGAGAGCCGGCGUCCUGGGCAAGUGAAGACGGCAGCAGCGCGCCACCGAACCCGAUCGCUGAUUCUGUCGCUGCCACUGCCGCCCUGCGCGCCGUGACCCGCGAUUCCAGACCCCGACUCCUUUUGGCCUGGCCCGCGCGCCCCAGGCCCGGCCCGGGCGGCGCGACGGGAGGAUGAGCGGCGGGCGGCGAAAGGAGGAACCGCCUCAGCCGCAGCUGGCCAACGGGGCCCUCAAAGUCUCUGUUUGGAGCAAGGUGCUGCGGAGCGACGCGGCCUGGGAUGACAAGGAUGAAUUUUUAGAUGUGAUCUACUGGUUCCGACAGAUCAUCGCUGUGGUCCUAGGUGUGAUUUGGGGAGUGUUACCUUUGCGAGGUUUCUUGGGAAUAGCAGGGUCAUUUGGAUCAUUUUUUACACUGCCAUCCACUAUGACUGAUGGUGUACAGACCCCACCCACUCUCUGUCCGGUCCAAAGGACCCUCCUAGUUACAGCACAGAAACAUGAUUGUAGGGGCACCCCAGCCAUGUGGAACCUGAAAGACCCAUGUUUCCUGGACCGAGAAUCAGCGUGUUGGACAUCAGUGUUUUCUGCAAGGGUUGUGAUCUGAAACUUUUUAAGGAACCAUCCACCUUUUGGGGAAGCAUUUCUGAAUUGUCCAUCACCAACCAUUUCUUCUUGGAUAUCAUCAUGAAACACCUGUUUGCUGAUUGGAGCUGUUGUUCAAUUUGAUUCACCUCUGGAUCCGGAUGAAACAUUAAAUUGUCUUCCUCACGUCUCCA